UUUCUGAAGAUGAAACAAAAGAUUAAUGAAGAAAGAAAAAUUUAAGAAAAAAAAAUAGAUUGGUUUUGUUUAUUUAUUUUUACAAUUACUUUCUGUCAAGGUGAAAAUGAACAUAAAUUAAUCGAAAGAAAAAUUGAUCAAAAUAGAAAGAGAAUCUUAACACUCGUACUCAUAACACAGUACAAAUAAAUUCACGUGUCGUACAUGCUAAUGAAUAUCUAGAUACUUCUGAUUGCCAAUAGAAGAAUUGUCACAUCAAUUUGUUGGAAGUGGUUGAAAAUUGUUGGCAACCGUUUUAAUAUAGAUUGAGACUUGCGCUAACGAAUUCGUAAAAUUAUUGUCGUGGAUUGUCGAGAGAAGGGAGAGACUGUGUUUGGGGAGAAGGUGAAAGUGAAAAUCGUUCACGAACAUAACCUAAGAAUAAGCUGUAUGUACAGCUAUCACAGAUUUUAUGGAAUUUACGGAGAUGCGAUAUCGUUUUUGAAAAAUUCUUUGACAUGAUCUUUUCAAUGUGUUGUCUUCUUGAUGAAUAACCUAUUAAAAACGAAGGUAAGAACGAGAAAAUAUGGAGGCUUGCAACGAAGUAGGCGACCGGACUCCAACUGACAUCGCGGUAAUGCAAAGAAGUUGGUCAGAAUUGAGAGGUGUUGUCAGUGAUCUACGUAGAAAAUUGUCCGGAGUAUCAGUAGGCUCUGUUCCUGGAUCUAUAACAUUUCGAUCUUUACCAGAUGGACGGACUAGAAUAUAUUUUCUUAGUAGUCCAAGUAAUGGAUGGGAAACUACUUUACUAUUUGUGGAUAUUGCACAUUCAGAUCAUGCAAAUGGUUAUCGUCUUCAUUGGCAACCAAUUAUAGAAGCAAAUUUUCAAACUGUAUCAAGUACCAAAAGAUUAUCGAGAGAAGAACAAUUAUUAUGGGAAAGAAAAAGAUUAGCCACAUGGGGUAUUACUAGUUAUGAGAUUCAUCUAGAUAGUGGAAAAUUGGUUUUUCCAGCUGCAAGCAGUCUUUAUCAAUGUAUAGAUACAGGAUUUAUGGCUGGACCUCUAUUUCCAUCUGAAAUUCGUAUGUCAACAUCAGGUGCUAAAUUAUGUCCACAAAUUUGCCCAUGGAAUAAUGCAUUAAUUGCUCAUACAUGUUCGGGUGAUUUGUAUUUGUCUCAUAGUAUCACAGGUUCUUCUGUAAGAUUAACACAUGCAAGAAAAGGUGGUAAGAGUUUAGUAAAUGACCCUCUUACUGCAGGAACUCCUUCUUAUGUAAUGCAAGAAGAAUUUACUAGAUAUAUUGGAUAUUGGUGGCAACCAAAAUCUAAUGAUGGCAUAUAUAGAAUAGUGUAUGAAGAAAUUGAUGAGAGUGAUGUGAAGAUAUUUUGUUUUCCAUCAACAUCAAAUUCUGAAGAUAUAGAUGAAUUUAGGUUUCCAAGAGCUGGUACUCCUAAUGCAAAAAGUAAUCUUAAAAUGGUGCAAUUUCGUUUAACAGAAACAUUACAAAUUGUUGACAUUGAAAUAUUAGAACUUCAAUAUCCAUUGCAUAUUAUGUUCCCAUGGAUGGAAUACAUGGUAAGAGUGGGAUGGACUCCUGAUGCACAAUACAUUUGGGUCCAGUUGUUGGAUAGAAAGCAACAAAGACUUGAGUUAGUUUUAUUAUCGAUAGAUAAUUUUUGUGAACCACCGCCUAAUGUAUACAAUUCAGAAAAUCAUUUCACACCGUCAUCGGCGAGUGUUCAAGUUAUAUAUUCUGAACAAAGUUCAAUUUGGAUCAAUGUUAAUGAUCUCCUUUAUUUUUUACCGUCCGACGAUCCAACAGAAGUUAAAUUUCUUUGGGGCAGUGAAGAAUCUGAUUUUAGACAUUUAUAUCUCAUUACAUCUAGCAUAGCUGGUUUAAAUAACGAAGUAGAAGAACCAUUGGAUAAAAUGGAUAGUAUUUUUUUGCAACCUCGAGUUACUUCUAAAAUCGCUUUGACUCAAGGAGAUUGGGAAGUCUUGGGUAAAAAACUGUGGGUAGAUGAACUUAAUUCUAUUGUUUAUUUUUGUGGUUUACGUGAGGGUCCACUAGAACAACAUGUUUAUGCUGUGUCACUUCGUCGCCCACUAGAAAUAAGAUUACUCACUAGACCGGGUUACAGUCACAAUAGUAUAUAUUUUAAUAAGGAAUGUACAAUGCUCGUGACUGUUUAUAGUUCCAUCAAAACAUUACCAACAUGUCAAGUUUUUAAAAUAUCACAAUCAGAUUGGACAGUGGAAAGUAUUUCUUUAACUCCUGUAGGUUAUUUAUUAGAACCAUCUCCUCUUGAAUCCGAAUUAUUUGCUCCAGAAAUUUAUACAUAUAAAAUAUCAUCUAAUGAGACUCUUUAUUCAAUGAUUUUUAAACCACACAAUUUUCAAGUUGGGAUAAAAUAUCCUACGAUAUUGAAUGUGUAUGGUGGUCCUGAAGUACAAUUAGUAUCAAAUACAUUUAAAGGAAUGAGACAUUUAAGAAUGCAUAUGUUAGCUGCUCAAGGUUAUUGUGUAGUAUUAAUCGAUUCUCGGGGUUCACAUCAUAGAGGUUUAGUAUUUGAAAGUCAUUUACAACACCGAAUGGGAACUGUUGAAUUAGACGAUCAAGUUCAAGUGCUAAAAUGGUUAGCAGAAACUACUGGUUAUAUUGAUUUAAGUCGCGUAGCUAUUCAUGGUUGGUCUUAUGGAGGAUAUUUAAGUCUUAUGGGUUUAAUACAAUAUCCAGAAAUAUUUAAGUUAGCUAUUGCUGGUGCACCAGUUACUUCUUGGAAUUUUUAUGAUACUGGAUAUACCGAACGUUAUAUGGAUUUACCACAAAGUAAUCCUCAUGGAUAUAUGUCUGGUUCAGUUUUGACAUAUGUGGAUAAGUUUCCCGAUGAAGAAAAUAGAUUAUUGAUUAUUCAUGGGCUUAUAGAUGAAAACGUACAUUUUUUCCACACAAGUCAAUUGAUCAAUGCUCUUGUAAAAUCUGGGAAACCAUAUCAAUUACAAGUUUACCCCAAUGAAAGACACAGUCUCAGAAGUCUAGAUGCUAGUAAACAUUAUGAAACUACAUUACUGUCAUUCUUACAAAAUCAUUUAUAAAUUAUUUUUAUUCAAGAAAAUAAUUCCAGUAAUAAGUGCUGGUUAAAAUAUUUUAACAAUUUAAGUGACUGCCAUUACUUUUAUGUAUAUAGAUUAAACAAAUUAAAAAUUAAUUUCAAUAUCCUUAUAUUCGCGAUGGUAUUGCCUUAUAUAAAUUUUACGUUCGUAUAAAGACUCCAUUAAACAGUAUUAUAAUUUUACUACGAGAAGGUUAUAAUAAAAAAUAAUUAAAAAUUUUACACAUCCAUAAAAAAUAGUAUUUUUUUCUGUUUAUAGA